AUGGCCAGAGGCCGUGUAUUGGGGGCCCCCAGGGGCCCGGGCCCCGAACGGGGCGCCCUCCCCCCACCCCCACUCCCACCCCUUUCCCGGCCCGCUGUGUUCCAGCGCCCCUGGGUGUGGCCUGCUGGGCGGGAAUCCUGCCCCAGCACGCCGGUUCUCCCGGACAACCUGGGGUUGCAGCAGCCAUCAGUGCCUGCCUGCCUGCCUGCCCGCCUGCCUCUCACCCGGAGAGGUCAAGCUCUAGGGUGGGGCCUGAGAGGUGGGGACUCCAGCAAGCUCCUGGGUGAUGCCCGUGCCACCGCCGCUGGUCCGGGGACCCCCCCCCCCCCCGUGCGAAGCACUGCUCUGGAGGUGGAGACUCCUAGGUGUGUGCCCCCUGCCCUACCCCGGACCGGCUCCUUUGCGGGGUCCCCAGGGCCUUGGGAAAUGGCCGGGGGCGGGGGGGGGGGCGCCUCUCGCGAGAGCAGCGCGGCUGUCAUCGCCGCCCCUCCCUGCCCCGGGGGCCCUGGAAGGUGCCUGGCCGCCCACCGCCCGCCCGGGCAGGAUGAGGCGUCAGGUCUGUGCAGGCGCUGGGCUGAUAACAUCUGGACGCUGGGAGGCGGGGGCGGAGAGGAGAGUUGGGCCUGGGGCCUGGAAGCUCUCCCUGCCGAGGCCCAGGCAGAAGACCCGAAUGCCCAGCCGGGCUCGGGGACGGGAGGGAACAUGCGCCCUGAGACCCAGAGUGCGGGUUUGGGGGCGUGUGGCGACGAGAACGAGGGCGGCGGCGGCGGGGGGUGGGGCGGUGGGGGGGGCGUGUGCCCGGAAACGAGGCGGCGCUGGCGGUCGUGUGGUCUGUGGGUGCGGCCAGCCCUCUCCGGCGGGUGGGAAGCCGCGGCCUUUCCUGCCGGACGCUCCUUCCUCACCAGGAGGGUCUCCCAGCCCCCGGGCGAUGCUGCCCAGACCUGCUCGAUGCCCAGCAGCACCGCCCACCGCCCACCGCCCACCCCCCGGGCCGGCCGGUCCUGGCAGCGGCUGGUCUUUGUCCGGCUCUGGGCCGGCCCGCUGGGCGGUGGGGGCGGCAGAGGAAGCGCCGCGCGUCUCCAGCCGGCAUUCGAGCCCGGGGUGCGCAGCUCCGGGACCCCAGCAGCCGAGCGAGUCCUGGCUGUGGGAUCGGAUGGCGGGGUGGCCCUGGGCCCCCGUUUUCUGCAUUCCCCUCUUCCCCCGCACCCCCGGCGCCCCGUCAUCAUCAUCGGGCAUUUCCCUGACGGCGGGUUCAAGCUGGCUGCUUUUCCGAAGGGCUUCUGGGGUUUCUCCGGGGCUUGUUGGCCUGCCACCGACUUAGCGGGGCGCCGCCUCCUUCGAAAGUCACCGUGCGUUCGUUACCCGUUGCUGCAUCACACGUCUACCCCCAGGAGCCGCGCAGCGCGGCCGGCGCUCGUGGUCUCGCAGGUGUCUGAGGGCCAGGGUCCUGGAGGGCUUGGCUGGGGCUCCUGGCUGGAGGUGUGUCACAGGCUGCCGUCGAGGCAUCAGCCGGGGCCAGUCUGGUCGGCCUGGGGCAGGGGCUUGGGGGAGGCGAGGCUCUGCUUCCAGGAUCGCUGGCGGGGCCGUGGCGGGGCCGGGGCCGGGGCCGGGGCCUCCCCACCCGGCCGCUGGGGGCCGGGCUCCCCCAGAGCCAGCGAUCUGGGCGAGACAGAGCCGCCCCCAGGGCCACGGCACGGUGCCGGUCUGAUGACUUCACCUCCAAGUGACCCUCCCUCCCCUCGGCUGGAUCUUGAUGGGCCACACAGGCCCAAGCCGGGAGCAGUGCAGGAGGGCCCGGCCAAUGAGAAGGCUCCAGGGAGCAUCCUUGCUCCUGAACCUGGCGCGGGAGGGGCUCCUGGUCCGCGCAGGCCCCUCGGGAGCGGGACCCUGUCCUCUGUCUGCGCGGGGGUGGCAGGUUCCAGCCCCCAGGACCAAGACAGGCAGGGCCUGGAGAGUGGCUUCUCACCGUUGGAUGUUUGGGGCUGCAAGUAUGGGCGGCGGCGGGAGGCCUGCCCGGUGCUGUCUGCUGCUUCCCCUCAAGACCCGACGGGGCGGAGCUCAAGGGAUCCGGAGCCGCAGGCCCCACCCCUGCCCCAGCCCCGGGCACCUCUCUCCGUCCUAGGCUGGAAAAGUCACUGUCCCCUGAGCCUUGGGCAGCUGCUGCUCCCUGAUGGGUCCCCAGCACCACUGGAGCCCUUGGUGGGGGAAGGACAGAUGGCCCGAGCCCUGGGAGUGGAAGUCCUGGACCCCUCAGGCUCUCCCUUCUCUCCACCCGGCGACUCCAGUGACUGCACGUCGCCCCUGCCAUCUCCCGAGGCUCCACCGCCUCUCUGCCCAGACCCCGUGGGGCUCCAGCUGAAGAGCCGUCCCAGAUCAUGA